AUGCAGCAGGCCGCUCUGAAAGUUUCCCAGGGACGCCUGCUGUUCCUCUCAUGGAAUGCUGGAGGCUUGUCCCAGGCCCUGUGGCAGGAAUUCUUGCUGACACUUGAAAACAUGCCACCUGACGAACGACCCCAAAUCGUGUGUGUCCAAGAAACCCAUUGGACGGACAAGGUGGCGCCAACAUUCCCCACUGCUACCUGGGACGUGUACACCUCCCCAACCACAGACAACAAAUCUGCUGGGCUUCUGAUUCUUCUCAAUAAGAAUGCCACCCGCAACUGCAGAAUUGUUUACGCCGACCCUCAACCGGGCAGGGUGCAACACUUGAGGAUACUCCACGACAAAUGGGCAGUUGACCUGCUGCACAUCUAUCAAAAGCCGCACAACUCUCAUCCACUCGCACUGCAAUCCUCGAAAACCAUACGUUUAGCUGUCUGGGAGUGCAUUGGCAAGAUCCUGGCAGCUCUGCCUGCCCGAAACACAGUGAUCAUGCUUGGAGAUUUUAAUACUCAGAUCAAGCCGUGUGCUGCAGCCGGCACCAGGAUCUGUUCAGGCACCAGCACGAGCACACAUCCGCCAGAUCAGGCAAGGCUACAGCACCUGGUAGAGGACUUUUCCCUCUUACACCUCAACUCGUGGUGCAAGGCGGCUGGCCCUACAUACCAUCACAACAAAGGUGCUAGCCUUAUCGAUCAUAUCAUCAUGCGUUCCAGCCAAGCGGAUGAUCGUGCUAGGCAGGCGAGACCGCUCCGCCUGGGAUUGGCUGCCUGGAGACUUGGUGGGUAUCACCUGCCACUGAAGGCCAGCAUCCCGCUUCAGCGUUUCCACACCCUUAACAAAUCGGUGGCACCACAACGGGCGUGGGACCAUUGGGGCCUGAUUCAGGUUUGCCGCUCUACCUGGGACCCGAGAGUUCAAAGUCUACGCUCUGCUGUCCAGGCGUCCCUACCAGGGGUUCAUGAUCUUGGGCAAUUGCAUGACACUCUGAUCCACUGUGCCUCCCAAUUCUUCCCGCCACCCGCAGGACAGCAUCGACUGGCACUAUGGCAAACACCGCCUAUGCAGGAUGGCAUUCGCUCCAUGUGGCAGGCCUACCGAGUCUGGAAGACAGCCAAAGCUCAAGCUCAGCAUAAUCCGCUCUAUGUUUCCAGGUGCUACCAUCACUUCAAGACGGCACACAAGGCCUUUCGUCGUGCCGGGAAAGAAGCCAAAAAGCACUGGUUCCAUGGCAGACUACAGGAACUCCAGACUGCUGCCAGCUCAGGCGACUCUCGCAAGCUAUAUGCUGGCAUUCGUACCUUAGCUCCCAAAUCCUCCAAGCCGAAGGUUCAACUGCGAGAUUCUGGCGGACAUCUGCAGGAUCCCAAGACCCAGCUAAAACAGUUAGAAACGCACUAUCGCAAACUGUAUGCUGCGGACGAGGAUGGCAGCAUACAGGGUCCCCAGCGACAGCCCAUUCACAUUGAAGUCACGGAGGCCGAAAUGACCCUGGCGCUUUCGCAAUUGUCACCGCAUAAAGCUACACCUCCGAACUUAGCCACCAACUCUCUAUGGAGGCUAACCUCGGACCUCGUUGCGCCUCUCUUGUGCCAAUGGUGCCGGCAAUGGCCUCAAAUACCAGAGCUUUGGAGAAGUGCACAACUGUCGCUGGACCUUUCCAGUGCUUUUGACCUCAUGGACUGGCGCCUGCUGGACAAGGCUUUACUAGCGUCCGAAGUUCCGGCUGAGCUCAGACACCAAAUCAUGUCCUGGCACUCUGAAAUCUCCUAUGUCCUUACUCACCUUGGGCACACUGCCAAGGUGGAGGCCCAAAGAGGACUUAGACAAGGGUGUAAACUGGCUCCGUUGCUCUGGACACUCGCCCUAGCACAGAUAUAUCGUGAGAUCCUUGCUGAAGGGGACCCGCUUCUCACAGCCCCUUGGCUAGAGCAAUGCUCCACGAUUUAUGCUGAUGAUAUACACCUCAAGGAUACUGUGCAGAACACUCGUGAGCUGGACGACAUGGUGUAUCGCUUUAGUAAGAUCCUCGAUGCCCUUGCGGCCCAUGGUAUGGUCAUCAACUCGGCCAAAUCAGCAUUGCUACUGAGACACAAGGGCAGUUUCAUCCGAACAGUGUAUGAAAUUCCAUUGCGUGACCACCACACGUACUUAGGCAUACGUAUCUCCUACCAUUCACAGGCCAAACAAGCAGUCACCUACCGGCUGCAGGCUGCGAAUCAGGCCUGGCAAAGACUCCGUGGUGUACUGUGCUCCACCAGGCAUCUCGCUCAGACGCAUCGUCUCAGUCUAUGGACAUCCACAGUGCUUCCCACGCUGCUCUAUGGUAUCGCAGCAUCUAACCCAGGUGCCAAGGACAUACAGCGAAUGCAGCACAUGAUGACCAAGCAGGUUCGAGCCAUCACACGAUCCUUUGCACAUCUUCAGAAAGAAUCCACACGGGACCUUCUACACAGAUGCUCUUUGUCCACCAUUUUGGAGUGGAAUCAGCUCGAGACACUGCCGCUACACUUCACCUCCAAGUGCAACGCCAAUGGCAGGUUCCUCUUGGGGACACAGAAGGCAUCACAGAUCCUGCUGUACAUCAGUGCCAGGAAUGUCAUCGGGUCUUUACCUCCUUUCGACUCCUCCGCUCUCACGAGGCUAAGUGGCAUGGCCUCAAAACACCUGCUGCUGUCUCGGUGCCUUUUGACAGGUAUGCACAUGGAACAGAAGGACUUCCAACGUGCAGACACUGUGCCCAUCCCUUUCGACAAUGGGAUGGCCUCGUUAAGCACAUUAAACGCAAUCGGUGUCAGGUACUUCGUAGACUUGCCACACAACCUCCUGCUGCUGCCCCACCCUUGGCUCCGAGUUCUGAUGACUCUGAUCCUGUACCAGUCCCUGACCCGGUGGACUGACCUCCUUGUGAAACCGGAGACCUACUCGUACCUCCAGCACCACUGCCCGCUGUGUUACCAGUGGCUAUGCACCAUGACACUCUGCGCGGAUCCCAUGGAGCUGGACGAACAGGAGAAGCAAUUUUGGGCCCAUGCCGGUCCGGUCAAACGGGACCGGAACAAAGGCAAGGGCAAGGGUACCAAGGGCAAAGGCAAGGGAAAGCAGGGCCUACCAAGUCCAUCCAGUGCCAACCAGGACCUGCAGCCACUGGGAAAUCACGAUCCAGACUGGAUGGAGUACAGGAUGAAUCGACUAUCCCAGCUGGUCCUUCGUCAGGAGCAAAUCAUCUCAGCCAUCCGUCAGGACCUGGUCCUCUACCUCUUUGUACGCUCAGGGCCAGAAGGGAUGGUACCGGUUCUCUGCGAAGCAGCGGAGAAGUGGAGGAAGAUGAAAGAGGAAGAACCCGAGAAGAUUACUUACUCCCUCAAACUCAUGCUCUUCAAGCAGCUGCUCAUCACCUUACACCAGAGGUUGACCAACAUGAUUGCGGACGAGGAUGCUCUCGCCAAAGCCAAGAACCUGAACUGGAUCGACGAUCAGAAACAUUGGAAACAUCUUACAUGGAAUCCUACCAAACAAUGUCUGGAAGUCGACAACUCAGUGAGGCCAAUACCGGCGGAAGAUCUGCUGGCCCAACUGGUUCAGAUGAGGAAGGCUGUUACGGAAGAGACCCUGGUGAGGUUCAAGUCCAUGAGGAAGCUCACCACGGAGGUGACCUCCGACUGGAUUCAGUUCCAGAUCUGCAUGUCCCUUCGCCCAGAGGGAGGAGCCAUGUGGAGCACGCUGAACCAGUGGAUCGGCCAGGCAUCGUGGCACACCCUGGGCUGCAGGCUUCGCCGCGAUCGGCCGAACUACGACACCCUGGCUGUCCUUCGAUUGAUUUUCCACAAUCCAUCGAAUUUGUGCUACCUACACUCUACCAUCUAUGCCCUUUUGUGGACAAUCCUUCAGGCUAGGCUACAUGAUGCCUACAUCUCGCCUCCACCGCAGGCUCUUACCAUGCUGUGCCCACCAAUCACUGAUUCGCCCAAUUGCCCCAUUCAGGUACUCCACUCGGUACCGUGGCUCAUGCUGCUGCAAGCUUGGCCUUUUGUGCAUCGUCAGCACGAUGCAGCUGAACUGCUGCAAUAUCUUCUACCCAGGUUCUCGCAUAGUGGGUUCAAUGGUGGCUGGGAGGCCCGAAACUUUGUACCUGGAGGUAUUGCCACUCUUGACAAGGGGCCUACCCAAGCUCCCAUUCCGAUUGCGCUGCCGGUAGGUCCAAGUCUGGAGCUCCAAGCAGCCAUUGAUGGGUGGAGUGCUCAGGUUACAGCUCGCUAUGCACUGCUGAAUCCGUCUCCCAUGCUCUGUAUACAACUUCAACGCUUCACAAAUGCCGAGGGAGUCAUGCGCAGGGACACCAGACCACUGGUCGUGGCCUCGACUACAGUUCGUAUGCCACUCUUUACAGGUCUGCACACCAUGCAAGUUCGCUAUGUCCACUACCAGGUCGUCGCUGUACAGCUUCACUACGGGGACUAUCUUACGAGGACAACCGCUGUUUGGAGCAGAAAAGUGGUGGAUCACUGA